AUGGCAGACCAAAGUGAACUGCACCAUGUUAGAGUGCCUCAACCAAACGAUAUCCCAGCGUAUUCAAGCCAACUUCUUAGGAGUAAUGUGGUCUACAGGUGGGGACUCCACUAUGACCCCACACAUUCGACUGAGAGAUCAUUCGUGGACGGAGCGGAGCCAGCGUGGGUGACGACGUGGCUAAAAGACGAGUUCGCAGUGGAAGGAUUUGAAGAACUUCUAUUGAUUCCGGUUAUUCUAGUGGUGGUUGCUGCUAUGGGGAUUGGCUGGUUCUGCUGGAAACGGAGCUCGUUGCUCAAGAGAGAACAGGCUUCUUCUUGCGAUUUUGACGUGGUUCUCCAAAUUACUUGGAUGUCGUUACUCACGAACAAGCUCUUCGACGGACGUCAACAUCUUCACGGAAAUCGAAUCCCGUACGACAGUCUGGUUUUCCAGACGGAGUUAUCCAAAGGAGCGCCAGGAGAAGUCUGGAUCUGCCGCUACGGAGGCCAAGAAGUGGCAGUGAAGAAGUUACUGCAUAUUAGAGACCAGAAGGCAGAAGACGUGCAGAUUUUCGCUGAAGAGAUCGAGUUGACGGCCAGUUUAAUUCAUCCGCAUAUUGUCAAGUUCAUUGGGGUGGCUUGGAAUAGUCUCAGCAACUUGUCAAUGGUGUUGGAAUAUGUUCCAAGAGGGAAUCUGAGGGACUAUUUACAUACAAACUCCGACAUAUUAUCGUGGGCGAGAGAUCGGAUUUUUAUGGCCAUUGCAGUGGCUGAAGCGCUGGAAAAUCUGCACUCUCGAACCCCCGCAAUCAUCCGUCGGGAUCUCAAGUCGAAUUACAUUCUAUUGACAAAAAGUCUUGAUCCUAAACUCAUCGACUUUGGAGUAAGUCGAGGUAUGAUGGAUCUCACCAUGACAGCAGGUGUCUCAGAGCUUGACACAGGACGGAUUCCCCAUUUUGACGCAGUGGAAGACGACGGAACCAGAUUAGUGCCGUUCCAAAUCUUACAGGAAAUCAUGACUGGUACAUUGCGACCGAGCUUCUCCGUGGAUUGUCCACCUAGGAUACAGAUGCUGCGCCGCAGCAUGUUUGUCGUUCGAACCUUCGGAUCGACCGACGGCUGA